CUGCAGGCCAUCGUUCCCACCUGCGAGCAGCAGGAUUUCUCCAUAGGCUCCCAGAAGCUGAGCAAGGCCAUCGUCCUCCAGAAAACCAUUGACUACAUUCAGUUCCUGCACAAGGAAAAGAAGAAGCAAGAGGAGGAAGUUUCUACGCUUAGGAAGGACGUGAUGGCCUUGAAGAUCAUGAAAGUGAACUACGAGCAGAUUGUGAAAGCUCAUCAGGACAACCCGCACGAGGGGAAGGAACAGGUCUCUGACGAGGUGAAGUUCAAUGUUUUCCAAGGCAUCAUGGAUUCCCUUUUCCAGUCCUUUAAUGACUCCAUCUCAGUAACAAGUUUCCAGGAGCUCUCAGCUUGUGUCUUCAGCUGGAUUGAGGAGCACUGCAAGCCCCAGGACAGGUCGUGGCUCCGGCCAACACCCUCGGUGCAGCCGCUGCCCAGCGAGGGGUGGGUGCUGCUGGGGCUCCUGCAGCGCAGCGACGCCGGCAGCAGGAUUUUCUCGCUGUGGUCGUGGCUGUGCUCCUGCUCCAGGCGCAGCAGAUACUUUACACUGUUCCUCCGUGGUGAGGGGUUUACCAGUGCUCGGCUCCAGGUUACAGGAUUUGAACGCUGCAGCUGCUUCUACCCGCAGUGA